AUGGGUGGGAAAGCAUUUGAUUGUGUGCCACGUUUAUCGUUGCUAAAUUCGCCAAUGGCGGCCAUAUUUGGUGGUUCAUUUACCAUAUUUUCAUUGAUUGGCUUCGUCAUGAAUUCCCUGGUCUUGAAAAUACUACUCACGCCUAGCAAUAAAACCAGGACUAAUAGGAUUUUAUUAUCCCGUGUUGUGACGGAUCUGAUUACAGCUGUGGUUUUGGGACCACUUUUUAGCUGGCAGUUGCUCGACAAAUCUGCAUCGCAAGAUUGUCGCAUCGACCUCAUCAGACGGUACUGUGUUUUUGUUAUUGAAAGUACAUCCUACCUAACACUGGCUGUUAUUGUUCAUGAUAGGUGUAUUUUACUGACCAGAUUGAAUUAUUACGAAUCAUACAUGAGUAGAAGAAAGUAUAUUAUCUUAAUUGUUCUGGUCUGGCUUUUUCCCGUUAUAGCACCAUUUCUUGUUUACGUAAACUACGUGUUAUAUUUUUGUGCGGCUGGUCUAGUCUUUAUUGUCUCAGUGAGUUCACUUUUCGUGAGCUACUGCCGAAUAAAGAAAGCUAUGAAAGAACACAACAAAACCAUGCAAAAACACAAAAAGGAAUGGGUGUUGUACGAGAACACAUUGAACAACAGAUACAAAGAACAGCAUAGAAGAGAACUACUGCAUUUCAGAAUGGCAAAAAUGGUGUAUUUGUUGAUCAUUUGCUAUUUCGGUUGUGUCAUUACAUCAAACGUAUGGUUUGUACUACAUGCUAUUAGCAAGUUUAAGUCCAUUGUAACACCACGAUCAUCUCAACUAUUAUAUGUUUGUGCAUUUACAAUAUUUCAAAUCAACUCUUGCUUAAAUCCAUUUAUAUAUUUUCAUAAAAAUCCACAAUUCAAAAGAACUCUUCGUAAUAUGUUUAAAACAUGA